GAGCUGUUCUCCCUACUGGGCUUCGGGCUCUUCUUCAUAUUUCUGCGCCUCGCCUUCCGCAUUGGUGCCAUGGGUUGGAGCCGACUCUAUGUCGAUGACUACCUCAUGAUACUUGCUGCAUUUAUCUAUGCUGCCGAGACGUACCUCGCUUGGUCUGUCGACGCCCACUGGUACGGAAUUGCCAACAAUGGAAUGACGGACGAAGAGAGAGCCGCCGUCAUUCCUGGCAGUCACGAAGAGUACUUGAGAAUCGGAGGCUCAAAGACGCAGAUUGCUGGCCAGAACAGUUACACUGCCUUGCUGUGGACUUUGAAGUUGUCCGUCUGUUUCUUCUACCUUCGUCUCACGCAAAGUCUUCAGGGCUAUGAGCAGCGCAUUAAGAUCGGAUUCGCUGUUAUCUGCGUCACUUGGAUUUGGACUCACUUGACCCUUCUUGCUGGCUGUUUCCCCUUCGGCAAGUACUGGCAGAUCAACCCUGACCCCGGCAAUUUCUGCCAGGCCGCCAUCUCGCAUCUCUUCAUUUUCACUUGCGUCUGUCUUGACGUCAUCACCGAUACAUAUCUCAUGUCAAUUCCACUGCCCAUGAUGUGGAAGGCCGGGAUCAGCAAUGGCAAAAAAUUUGGCCUAUGUGCGCUUUUCUCGGGUGCCUUCUUCGUCAUGGCCGCAGCCAUCCUCCGCUGCGUUUUCCUCAUGGAGAAUUCAAAGACCGGCGCAUCGCAGUCAGGUGCUUGGGCAUGCCGCGAGACCUUCGUCUCCGUCAUUGUUUCCAACUUGCCGCCUAUCUGGUCGUCUAGCCGCAUCUCCUGGCGCCGAUUUAACGACACAUCUUCGAGGCGCUGUAAAAGACACUCGGGGCCCUCGGCAAAUUCCGGUCAGUCCAGCUCAAAGCACACCGACGCUAGCUCGCAGCCCAAGUCGCGCAGCAGCGAGCCCGAGAAGGUCCCUGAGGUCUAACUCGGUGCUCGCAGCCUUUUCACGGUUUGGGGUUGAGCUAGGUCCAGUCAGCUUCUGCUUACUCACUCUUGAGUUUAAAUGGCCAUUAUUUCAUUGUGGGUUGAUUGAUUUUGAGAAAUUGGGGAUAUGGGCAUGCUGAGCGAAGCUCCAUCCACCGCAGCUUCAUGUCAGGGAGCAUUCAUCAACGGAAAGCCUACUAAGGAAGACCAAGGGCUCCCAGCUUCAGCAUGAAUGGAUUUCUGAAGUCUGCGAUAGGUUACGUAGCAAUCGAGUUCUUGAUUUGGUAGAUCAAUUGUGUUACACGCAAAGGUGGUCAAAGAUUUGUG